AUGGAUGAAGAAAAUGAGAAACAUAUGAAAAAAAUAACGACGGGAUUAAUAAAAAGGAAAUUUUGUAUAUUUCCUCAAUUUACGGCCAAAAAAAACGAAAUAAAAUACAAUAUUUUAAGGGAUUAUAAUGUGAAAGAAUAUAUAUAUAUCCACUUGGUAGUAUCUCUUUUAGUUAUUUUGAUAGAAUUCGUUAGUUUUUCUUUUAAUCUAAGUAAAAAGGAUGCAACAUUGAUGGAAAUAUUUGUUUUCAUUUUUUCUGUUUUGAAUUGCAUAAUGCAUAUUAUUGUUAUUAUAAAGUUUCACUUUUUUUCGCCACGAAAUAUUUAUUCCAAAAGUCUCUUUAUCGGAUACAUCAUUAUAAACCAAAUAUUUCAAUUUUUGUCUCUAUAUUUUUUUACGAAAAAAAAUGAAGAAUUUAAAGGGGAAUCAAUACAAAUCGUUACUUAUAAUAACAAAUUAAGCUUAUACAUUCAUUUUUUCAUAGAUUCAGUUUGUAUAAUAUGUCUUCCAACUCUAAAGUACAUAAUAAGUGUCAUAUUUAUGAUAUUGUACGCAAGUGGUACUGCCAUACUAAUUCUGCUAACAAAUUUUAAAAAGGAAGAAAAUUCAUCAGAACUUAUUAGUAUGUAUAUUUUAAGCGUAGUGUUAAUGAUGUUCAUUUUUUUAAGAUAUCUAGCAGAAAAAAGGAACAGAAUAUUAUUAUAUAUUGUUAAUGAGUUUCUACAAAAUAAUUACAAAGCAAACAAUUAUACAAAAACGCAGUGUAAUAAUGAAAAUGAGUCUAUAUCUGUGGACAUAGAUAAGGAAGAUGAUAAGGCAUAUAACUCCAAAAUGUUAUUUUCUGACAAAAGUUUGUUUUUUAAGGAUUUUACUAUAAAUUCUUGUUAUAAAGAUUUUUGUUCAAUUUCUUAUUUUUUAAAGAAAAUAUCAAUUAGCAAUAAUCAUAUUUUGAAAAUAGAAAAAAAUAAAGAAAAUACAGGCCCAGAGAAAACAUUUGAUGAAAUUAAAAAACGCUUGAAUGAGUCAGAUAUUCUACAAAUAGCUUAUGAAGCAGAAGUAUUAAAAAAUAUCAAAAAAAUAAAUUCAGAUGAAAUAGGAAGAAAUUGGGAUUAUUCGUUUAUAGAUUCUGAGUAUGGAAAAUCAACAUUAGUUAUAUUAGAAGUAGGAUAUCAUUUAAUUAGUCCAUAUAUAGAAAAUAAUGAAAAUAAAAAACACAAAUUAAAAUUAUUUUUGUUAUUAAUAAAUAGCAUGUAUUUUCCUAAUCCAUAUCAUAAUGCUAACCAUGGGGCAACGGUCUGUCAUUUGUCCAAAUGUUUAGCUCAUAUUACAGAUUUCGAUAAGCAUUUAAAUAAUACAUAUAUGAUUUGCUAUUUGAUAGCUUCUAUAGCUCAUGAUGUAGGUCAUCCAGGAAAAACAAAUGCAUAUUUGUCCGAAACAAAUCAUAUAUUAUCAAUAAGAUAUAAUGAUAUGAGUAUUUUAGAAAAUUAUCAUUGUAGUAUUACUUUUUCGAUUCUACAACUUAUAGGUUUUGAUUUUUUAAUUAAUAAUGAAGAUACAAAAUUAGUUGAUAAAAAUAAUUAUACUAAUAUGAGAAAAUUUAUUAUCGAAUUAAUUAUAUCAACUGAUAUGAAACUCCAUUUCGAAUACCUAGAUAUAUUUAAAAAAAGAAAAAGAAGUGAAAAUUUUGACGUUGCAGAUCGAGAUGCGAUUAAUUUAGGGACAAUUAAUAUCAAAUUGGCUGAUAUAGGACAUACUUGUUUAAAAUGGAGAGACCAUGCUAAGUGGACAAUGCUUGUAAGUGAGGAAUUUUUUUCACAGAAGAAGGUAGAGGAGAUAUACAGGAAAAAUAAAGACACUGACCCAAAUAAUUUCAACGGAAUCCUAAAUGACAAGUCUAUCGAUAAUGCUAUGAUAUUCAACUAUGAAAAUAUUUAUAUUAAUUAUUCUAACAAUAUAAAUAAUAUAAAUAAGUACCAUUUUAGUUACAUUAAACUAAAUUUUAUACAUCACCAUGAUUUUGUAAAAAGUAUACCAAGUACCCAAGUUUAUUUUUUUGAAAUUAUUGUCAUGCCAUUAAUACAAGAACUCCAAUCUAUAGAACAAGCAAAUAAGGAAAUUACUCAUAAAGUUUUACACAAUUUAAAUGUAAAUUUAAAAACAUGGAAAUUAUUAGAAAAAAAUAUUAAUUUAUUUUAUAACACAGACAAAAUGAAAGGAACAGAUUAUUACAAGAAUCUAGAAAAACAACAAUUGCUAAGAGGUAUCAGAUUGCUAGAUAUUGCUGAAGAAGACGUUAUCUCAUUAACAAAAAAUAUUUUUAAUGAAAAAAGUAUGGAAAAACCUGAUGAGGACAAAAAAAAAGAAAAGAAAAAUAAGCGUUGA